CGCCCUCGGGGCGCCUGGCGCGUCCGUUCGUUGGGGCGGCGGCUACCGCGCCCAUUUCCUGCGGAUGAGCGCGCGCGCAGCGUCCGUUGGAACCACGACGGCGUCGGCGGCGUUAGGUUUAACAUUACCGUCGUUUUAAAUUUGCUUAAUUAACGGAAUUGAAAUAAAGUAAUAAUCAUCGUUCCUCGUUCGUUUGGUGUUGGUUAUUUUAGCGGCGUCGUUGUUAGACGGGGUUUUUUUUAAUUUUCUUUUCAUAUAUUUUUUUCCCCCGUUUAAGAUUGUUUUGAAGGAGAGUGUAUACGCGUGAAGUAGGAAAGUUUUCUCGUCAGAUUGAUUGCGUUAAACAUUUGGACAAGCGUUUAUAUCCAAUUGUAACAAAAAAUAUAGCCCCGUAAAAUCGUGACAUUGUAAUAAGACAAAUAAUAAAAUAACUCCGCUGAGGCAGAGCCAGCCGGCAUUGGAAAAGCCCCAACAUCAGCCUCGCCGUCAGCGCCGCGGUCGGUGGCUUUGCGAGCCCGAGCCCGCUGUGUCUGUGAAGCGGGCCUUGGCCCAGCAGUCUAUUCACGGUUGGCUGAUCUGCGCCGAGCGAGAGUGCAAACAAACGUCUGCGAAACCGGCUUGUGUGAGGUGACGGCCUUUGGGGGACAAGUGAGCAAGGAGCCGUCGAGCGAACGGGCGUAAGAGAGGCGUAAGACUGAGAGGGAAAACAUGAGCGAGUUGGAGCAGUUACGACAGGAGGCCGACCAGCUGAAAAACCAGAUCCGGGAUGCACGCAAGGCCUGCAAAGAUGCUACCCUAUUGCAGGUGACAUCAAAUCUUGACUCGGUGGGGCGCAUCCAGAUGCGAACACGCCGGACCCUUAGGGGUCACCUGGCUAAGAUCUAUGCCAUGCACUGGGGUACAGACUCCCGGCUGUUGGUCAGUGCUUCUCAAGAUGGAAAACUAAUAAUCUGGGACAGCUAUACCACCAACAAGGUGCACGCAAUUCCCCUGCGCUCGUCCUGGGUGAUGACAUGCGCGUACGCGCCCUCCGGCAGCUACGUGGCGUGCGGCGGCCUCGACAACAUCUGCUCCAUCUACAACCUCAAGACUCGCGAGGGCAACGUGAGGGUUAGCCGCGAAUUGCCCGGCCACACAGGAUACUUGUCCUGCUGCCGUUUCCUGGAUGACAAUCAAAUCAUCACCAGCUCUGGGGACACAACGUGCGCUCUGUGGGACAUUGAGACGGCGCAACAGACGACCACAUUCACUGGGCACACGGGUGACGUCAUGAGCCUGUCACUGGCGCCCGACUCGCGCACCUUUGUGUCGGGCGCGUGCGACGCCUCGGCCAAGCUGUGGGACGUACGCGAUGGCAUGUGUCGCCAGACCUUCACAGGCCACGAGUCCGACAUCAACGCAGUCUGCUUCUUCCCGAACGGCAACGCGUUUGCGACAGGUUCAGAUGACGCCACGUGCCGGCUCUUUGACCUGCGCGCCGACCAGGAGCUCAUGCUGUACUCGCACGACAACAUCAUCUGCGGCAUCACCUCCGUGGCCUUCUCGAAGAGCGGCCGCCUGCUGCUCGCCGGCUACGACGACUUCAACUGCAACGUGUGGGACACCCUGAAGGGGGAGCGCGCCGGCGUCCUCGCGGGGCACGACAACCGCGUGAGCUGCCUGGGUGUGACAGACGACGGCAUGGCUGUCGCCACCGGCUCCUGGGACAGCUUCCUCAAGAUCUGGAAUUAGUGCAGCGGCGGCAGCAGCAGCAGCAGCAGCAAGGAGUCCGGGCCGGGCCCAACCACGCUACCAUUGGAGAACGGGAGGGCAGGGCAAAACCACUUGGCCAUGAGGGGCCAGGACGAGGGGGGGGGUGGGCGGGGAGGUGGGGAGUGAGGAAGUUGGGGUUGUGGUACAUGGGCGGGUGGGAUAGGGGUGGGCAAAAUGCCUCUGUAGCAGAGCAGAGGAAGGACGUGGAAGCAAAAUAAAAAAAAAAAUAUGCGUGCAGGGGGUGGGUGGGCCAGGUGUGCUUGUGGGAGUGUGGCAGAAGGGUGAAGGCUUGCAGGGGUCAUAGCACAACAGCACCCGCACGGAGGCAUGCGAGGGGUGGAGGGUUACUUGACGGGUGUGAUAAUGAAACAAACAAAAAAAGAUCACGGUAAAAAAAAGUGUUGCGUUGUCUGCCAGCUCACGAGUAAUGUGCCGUAGAAAUUGAAAAGGCACGUGUUGGGCGCGAUUGCAGUGGUUAACUGGUCUGUUUUAACUCUUGCGACAAACAAGCAUGACGUCUGCCGUUCAGUCAAAAUCAACAUCCUUCAGUAAGAGUAAAAAAAAAACCUCUUUCUACAAUGUUAUUUUUUUCUGAUGAUAUUUUGCACCGGUAGGUGACCGACUUAGCUUUAUGUAUGGCAUGUGCAGGAUUCAUAUUCUUUGGCUUUUUCUGGUCAAAUAUUGUUCCCCCACCGAUCCAGUCUUCAAAUUUGUUAUUAACGUGUCAGAGUACCGCGACAGCUGUGGUAAUGCCCCUCGUGAGCCCCAUUGCCUCUUGACUAACAUUUAUACAGUCAUCCAACAUUGUGUUAUCUGCAGAUAUUCUUUUAAGUAAUGGGUAAUAUUGACAAUGUUUGCUGCCUUCAGCAUUUUAAAUCGCAGUAUAUUUUGUCCCCACCUUACACGUUCCUCUUCAAGUGCAGUAUUUUUAGAGAGAAAAAACGAGCAUCUAAGCUGCAUAUUUCUCAUCAAUACUUUUCACGGGCACAAAGCUUAAAAGUUAUAUAAUGUUUUGUUUUCUCCUGUUCGGUCAGUGUUGUGUUUGAGCCAAUAUUGAGCACACUGCACAUAUGGUGUCGCACGGCCGUUUCACAAAAUUAAGUCGGUCUUUCUGUUGUAGAUAAUUUUGUACACUAGGUUAAUGCAAUUGCUACUCCCGUUCGUUUUAGUUUCCCCAUUUGCCCUGGUGCCCAACGGUAGUUUUACCCCCCCCCACCCACCCCGACCUCUCGCAACUCGUCAAUGGCUGUUUACCUGCAGACCUGGGUAGGAGGGAAUCCCACGAAACAGACCUACCUCCUGUAGCACGCACACCCGGUCCGCUGUUCUCCCCCACACUGUGCCCUGACCGCCCCCCCCCCCCCCCCCCGAACACACACCGGCCAACUCACUCCCAAAUCAUGUAAAAAAAAAAAUCUGCUUUCUCGAUCUUUGAAUUGUCACCCAAGACUUCGAUCAUUUUUAUUAUUGUCAUUAAAACUGUCAUUUACUGUUAAUAUUAAUGAUAAUAUUGUUGUUGCUAGCGUUUUUUUAUUUUAUUCAGUGGCCAAUGGAGGGGGGGGGGGUGUAGUGUCGUGAAUGGUUGAGGCACGGCACCGCUUGCAGCACUUUUCACUCUUCCGGCUUUCUGAGGGCCUGCCAAAUACCACGCUCAUCGGGGUCUGCACGGUGGCCCGCUCCCAUGCAGCACCGCCAAGUCACGCGUGGCUUAAAGUUAUUUAAUUAUUCUUUCCCCUCCCCCCUCCCUCGCCUUGAAAUGAUGAAGUUGGUCAUGGAGGGGAAAGGGGUCCGUGGAGCUUGCCACCCCAAACUUAAUGUUUCAUUCGUUUAAACACGAUUCUAUUAACAUUCGGAAAUUUUCAUGAACAUUGAUUAGGUAUUAAGCAUGGAAGUUAUCAACGUUUUUCGUUUUCUAAUUUUAUCGUGAGCUUGAUAACGGUAACCAUUAUGAAUUUAUAUAAAUACAGUAUAUAUUUUUCGUUUUCCUUAAAAUUUCUAGACUUUUUUUUGCCUGUAAGCGUUCGUGCUGUUGGUAGGUAAUGUCAUGGCUUAGAGCGCAACGCAUCCGACGCAUUAAAAUGAUCUUAUUCGAGUGAAACCAUCACUAUGUACAUAAACAGCACUACGUCCACAAUAUACCCGACCUCCUGCCUCCACCAUCAUGUGUAUGCUAUGAAAAUGUAUUCGCUCAAAGGCUUUUCUUUACGUUCUCGAAACUAAGUUUUUUUCUGUUUUUAAUUUUAUGUCGUUUUUGCUAAGAUUGUGUGGGUUCGCUGUGAUUUCCACUAUCGGAACAUCGGGUGCCAGAGUUGAAGGGCGCAGUGCAACAGUGUUAGUAGUAGUAGGCACCUUCGUUUUCUUAGCGGUUGUCACUUUUGAAUUAGUGCACGCUUUAAGGAUAAGCUGGCCAAACCCAAGAUUUUGCACAUGGCCUCUAGCCAAAGCACAAGGCCAGUCUCUAGUAUUUAUGCUCGCGCCUCCACCCAACCCCAUGUCUGGUGGGGAGUGAAGGGCAUAGGGUGGCCUUGGGAGAUGUAUAGGGGCCGAGGAGAUAUGGGUUAGUGGUAAGGGUCCAGGGUGCAUUGGGUUAGCAUUGAAGGCUCGGCAUUUGUGGAUAUAAUCGAAGAGUUUAAUUUACAGAUCAAUUAGUCACUCGUAAAAAUGUUCCAUUGCAGGUGUAAUAUAUAAUUUGCAUCUGAUAGAUCAACGCUUUGUCAAGAUUAACAAUCAGCAGACUAACUUUUUUAUAUUUCGUAACAUUUUGUUUUGCUGGAUUUUUAAUGCCAAGGGCAGUUUGAAAGGAUAACAUUACGUAAAUAAAAAAGCCAUGUAUCGUGUGGUGGCCGGCAUUAAAAAGCCAGUGGUCACCACUUGAUAGAUUUUAUGGUGCAAAGGCUGGGACGGGUGAGGAAAGUUGGAGGGGGGGGGGUGGCUUGCCCCCUCCUCCCCACACGUGCUGCGCUUCCUGGACAGGCAGCUAUGGGAGUUGUUAGUGGGGGGAGGAGGCUUUGGUAGGGAAGACUCGUGAGAAGGCUUAAUGAGGAGUUGGAGAGCAUCGCAAAGUAUUUAAACCUCACUCCCUUAAGCACAUUUUCCUAAAUUGUAAGAACGGAAAUUAUCGGUGGUUGCCGACCCACCGUGGUAGUUUUGGAUUGAACUUCAGAGGGGGAUUUUUUUUGCAGACAUGGGCGGGCCCCUUUCCCGCUGCCCCCCCCCCCCCCCCGUCGUCUCGUUUCAUUAUUUUCAUUUUGUUUAAAUUAUACUUGGCCAUCAUGAAUGCCAGAGCAUUGGGAAGCGAGAUGUAUUGUUUUCUUAAAAUAGAUUUUUGGGAAUUUAGUGUUGCAACGCCUAGACGUCCAGAUUAGUGUCAUCACGAAAUCGCCCUCCAACUUGGCACCUCCGAUGAUUUUAGGAGUAUUUGUUGAUUUUGUGUGGACGUUUGUGCGUGCGUGCGAGGUGUGAGAAUUUGUCAUGAUUUUUUUCAGUUUUUGUGGAACUGCAGUAAACACAACUCUGUGGCAUGUACAAAACGGUGGCCGUGUCUGCUCGUGCUGAAUGAGUACAUGCAUUGUGACGUAUUAUUGUCAGUGGGUGGUGUGGGGGGAAACAAAGAUGUUCUUUUGACGACGUGUUCUAUAUACACACGUGGAGGGGGGAUGGAUUUCGAAGUGGAAAAUGAGCUUACAAGUGACACGUGGAUGGCUUGGCUUCAUGUCGAGUGACAUUUCGGUAACCCCCAGGACCUUAAAAUCCGAAGAGCAGUUUGAAAGCCUAAGUAGUAUUUAAUGAUCACACUUUGGAACCAGAAAUUAGUGUUGCAUUGAAUAGCAAUUUAAAACUCGCCAUGCUGUCAUUUUGCAAUUCAUGUACCAAGGUGUGACCACGUGAAAGAUCAAUUCAGCUUUUGUUAUUUGAAGCAAAACUAGUGAAAUUUACGUGUUUCCUGAGUGGAUUUUUGAGAUGAGAUGUUUGGGGUGCGGUUGAGUUUUCUGUGCGAUGCACGCCUUCAGUACAGUGUAAUUUAUGAUGAUUUUUAAAAUAUUUUUGUUGUAAAGUUCCCCCCCCCUAAUUCUUUCUCUGCACUCGUCAUGAGUAGGGUAAGCAGUACACCGUGUAUUAAUGACAUUCCCUUCCAUUUUUAGCAAAAAGCUUACGGUAUUAUUACUGUAAUUAAGUUCAUGUUCGUUUCAUCAUUGUAACAGCCAACUAAUCACCCACCCCCUCCUCUCCUUCACCCGUUUGUGUGUGAGUGUAUCUGUAUAGUGCAUGGAAAAAAAUUUGAACGAAUGUCUUUAAGAAUCUUUGUUUUACUAGGAUGAAUAUACGUGGAUAAUGGUAAAUAAAAAAUAUACAAAAAAAUUACAAAAAAUAAUAACAAUAAUAAGCUCGUUUUUCCGGAAAUGGAGAGGGCGAGCUGAGAUUUAUUAACUUAGCCGUACAAACGUUGAUUUUUUUUGGUCCAUCCUUCUGGUGCUUUAUGCUUCGGGAGAGAAGGUGCUUUGACGCAAACGAGUGAAGCACUCCCCUCAAUGGAGCCUCCUAAUUCUCCGUCGAAUUCAAUGCCAAACCCCGGUGCCCCACGGAGUGGGAGAUGCGAGGUCGGAUCGAAUGUGGGAACACGGUAACGCAGUCUCGCAGUACACAUUGUCCGAAAUUACAAAUGUAAUCGCUAAAGACAACGGUCAAACCACUCAGCCGUGCUGCAACACUUGUGGGGGGUGGUGGUUUGGGGCGCUCUUGCCUCGCUGAUGAGUCCUCACGAGGGCGGUGAAACUGCCCGUGUAUCCCACGCUGCGCGGACCUGCUCAGAACACAUUUAAUAAUAUAACUGUCAACUGUAGUGCUGUCAUUCCUAUUAAUACUAUAUUAUUUCUAAACUAUUAAGUAUUAACGUUGGGGGGCGGGGGGGGGGUGUUGGGAGGAGGGUUAUUUUCUGUUGUGUUAAGCUGGAGCGGCGGGGACGUCUUUGCGUGCGUGGAUGUUGAGUAAUUUUAAUCCGCCGACUCCCCACCACCACGUGCGCGCCUUUGUGGCCUACAGCGUGGCCACUAAAACUAUUAAUCUUGCCGGCCUGUAGACGCGUCUCGCUCCGACGCGAGGUGCUCUCUCUUUAGUAAGAUUAAUAACGAAUACUACGAAUACAGCGGUAAUGAUGCCUCCUUGAGGCGUGCGGCGCUCGGGUUUGGCCGCUUGCGUCGUUCACCGCUCUCGUUUAAGAGCGGACCGCCAGACCCACGGGGUAAUAUUUGUCGUUUCACACGCAAGUCGCUCUGCGUUGAGGGGGUCCGCUUCUAGCAGUGUUUCUCCCAUUUCUACCCCGUAACCCCCCCCCCCGCCCCGUGUUCCUUUCAUCACCCACAGUCACUCACCUUUCCACUCGCCCACAGCCCUGUUCCCAACCCCCAGUCGACCACCAUUGCACCUCCACCACCUUCCCUGUCACCGUCAGCUUGGUGUUAUUUAAGACCACCGGGACCGACACGGCGCCGCGCUGAGAGCCUUGAUUGUGCAAAACAAAAUACGACAACUUAACCUACAGAUUAUAUGUGUCUCUGAAUCUUGCACCUAGGCACGCGUGUUAUAUAUUAUACGACAAAAAGCCUUGGGUUAGAAUCCGAUGCGGCACCGUGCCUGCUGCCCGCGCUGCACGGGACUAACGCGAGUCGGUGUUGCAUAUCAAUUGGUUGCUGCCGAGCACUCCCCACCGGCACUCGUGCAGCUGAAAGCGGAAAUCCCUCCGAACACAGGGACGCACGCGGCCCAAUUUGUAUUUUGAGAGUGGAAGUGUUUCCCUGCUGCAACAGUGGGCGCUCGUUUAUGAGGUUUUUUUUUAAAAGAUGCAAAGCACGCGAGGCUAGACACGUGGCGUGUGCAAUGAGUGCAGGGGGGGGGGGAAACAACACCUAUUGGAUCCGGGAGCUCACGACGUAAACAAAAAUUUCCACUCGACAACGGUUGUAGCCUGGUGAGAAAAUGAUCUUGACGAGCGGAUUCUCGAGACGUUUCAUCGAUCUGUAGAACAAACCCCCCAGAGUGCAAACACGACGAGUAAGCGACUUGCGGUGUGCAAAAAAAAAUUGCACAAAUUUGUAGUCAGCGGAGAGACCGUGCAGCAGGGAAACACGCGCCCGGUAGGUCGUGCGGCGCACGUGGGCCCCGCCUGUUGGGGCUGCGUGCGCGUCGCACGCUCGGGAAAUUUGGUAACGCGAAGGCGGUCGGGGGGGGGGGGGAGGGACUCUGCUCGAUGAGGGGGAAAGAAAAAAAGCACCAAAGGAGCGCUGUGUGCGGGCCUGCGUCUUUCGACCCCCCCCCCUCCACUUAAUGGUUCGAUGUAUACUCAUUGCUGGUGGAGUGUGUCCUCUUCCUGUCUGAGGGUUAGGUCGACAUACAGUAAACGACGUUACUAAAAUAA